UCGUCGUCAUCGUCGUCGAAGUUCCUCCAGGAAUUUCGGGUUUUCGUGAAAAAUCCCAAAGUGCCAAGUGAGACUUUUCCUCACUAAAACAAGUGGCGAUUCUCUUUUUCGUGUGGGGGCGACAAAAAAAAAUGGGUCCAAAUUAUAUACCGGUCUGGUGCACCCUUUUGGGCAUGGCGUCUACCGGGUGGGCACUGCAGUGUUUCAAGUGCGGCCAGUACAACGACGGCGUCGGCUCCAUUACGCCCUGUAUCAACGAUACCUACAUGAAACUGGAGGAUUGUCCCAGGAGGGAUAUGAAUUAUUGCAUCAAGUAUAUGAGCGAGGGGACCGUGGUCAGGGAUUGCGUGGUUAAAUGUACAGAGAAGGAUAAUUGGGAUUGGAACUCGAGAACGUUCUGUUGUACGGAGGACGCAUGCAACUCCGCGCAUCCACUGCUCGCCCCGCUCCUCCUCCUCCUCCUCACGCUACUACUCGGAGGCGCUCAGGCGGCGGCCAACUGAAACAACUCCUCGCGCCGAUGAUAAUGAAGGAAACUGUAAUUUUGACGUGUCAAACUGUAAUUUUGACGUGUCUGAAUUGAGCCCGGGGGGGAGGGAGGGGGGGGGACACCCUUUAAGGGUGGGAUUAAAUUCCUCACAAAAAUAUAUUCUAAAUUAUUGUUCUUCUAAACAUACAUAUUAUUGAGAUUAGGGUAGUAAGAUUAUGUUUUUUUUUUUUAAUAUUAAUUAGUUGCUGUGUUUUGAAGGGAAAGGUGGUUUUGUGUUGACAGCUGUCACGUUGACACAUUUUUUUGUUUCCGUGACGUCAUAAUUGACAGUUGGUACCGCGCAAAAUCGCCCCCCUGAAGCAUGACCUAUACUGGCUACGAUCACUUAUAAUUAAUUUUCUACACUUUAUACAGUUUAAGCUUACUAUUAAUCACAUUAUUAUGACUAUAUCAUAGACUAUAAAUAGGAAUUGUGAUUUCACUAUAUAGAUAUAGGCUUGAUUUAAGAGGCUCAAAAUAUAUAUAUAACUAGUCAAUUUAUUUAAAUAUGGUUUUGGCACUAGAUAUUGUAAAUUUAAGAUGUUUUUAGUCACAUAAUACUUCCGAUUUAGUCUUUAGUAUGUCGUAACGAAUUUCCUUCACAAUAAGAACUUUAAUGGCCUUCACCAAAAACAAAAAAAAAGUCUCUAUCGAUAAUAAUUUAUAAUAUCAGAUAGUCAAUUUUUUGUCACGCCCCUGUAACUGAAAUUCUAAAAUUAAAUAAACGAAGUUAUCACCA